UGCCAAGUUCCCCGGGGGCCUGCCCCGAGCAGUAUAAAGGGCGGGGAGUGAGGAAGCAGCACAGCCACUCCAGCCCAGAGAGUCCGCGCCCAGCAGCCGCGAGCACAGACCCCGGCAUGAAGACCCUGCUCCUGACCCUGGGCCUCAGCCUCCUCGCUGCCCUGCGGGCCCAGACGCUCCCAGUCGGGGAUGAGGAGACCCAGGAUGCGUCAGGCACGUGGUACCUGAAGGCCACGGCAGCAGACAAGGAGAUUCCCUGGAAGAAGCUGGAGUCUGUGUCUGUGACCCCCAUGACCAUCAAGACCCUGGCAGGGGGCCACCUGGAAGUCACCUUCACCGUCCUGAUCGGAGGCCAGUGUCACGAGAUCAGCACUGUGCUAGAGAAGACCGCCGAGCCGGGCAGAUACACAGCCCAUGGGGGCAAGCAUGUGGUGCAGGUCCUUAAGUCCCAGGACGAGGACCACUACAUCCUCUACUGUGAGGGGGACAUGCACGGGCAGCAGAUCCGAAUGGCAAAGCUUGUGGGCAGGUACCCUGAAGUCAACGUAGACGCCCUGCAGGAGUUUGAGCAGGUCGCAGCAGCCAGAGGCCUCAACGCAGACAGCAUCUUCAUCCCCAAGCAAAGGGAAGCCUGCUCUCCAGGGAGUGAUUAGGAAGAGAAGCUCUGGGCAACCUGCUCUGGCCUCGCGGAUGGAGCCCCACUACUGCAGUCCUCCCUUGGCCCACCCCCCGGGCUCACUGACCUCCUCUUGUUCCCAGGGCAGGGACACCAUGCUCUGCAGCAUCCCCGGGUGGCACCAGCAGGACCUCUGGCCUGGGGGACAUGGAGGGUGGCCCACCUGGGCCCAGCUGGCUCCCCCCACUGCCCUUCUCCCUCAUCCACCCCACCUUCCUGAUUCUCCAUAAAGAGC